UUUACUUAAUUGAAGUAUUUAUUACAAAUGCGCUUGUUAAAAAGCUGAAAGGUAUAAACUGGACUCUUUUUAUCUCAGUCAAAUACGAUAAUGUAUGUGUGAAUAAAACAAUUAUAAUAAAAGAGUGUGAUACACCCAUUGUUGAGCUGCUGGCUAUCGACGAGAAUGUUAUUGACUGUGAAGUGUCAGCAAGUAUUGUAUUACCUUCAAAAGAUAAUUUAAUUAUUUUAUUAUUGAGUACUGUAAUUGUGGACAUUUCAUAUCAUUUCGAAAUGGUCAAAAAACCGAAAAAUGUCAGCAUUGAAAAAAUGAAUUGUGAAAUCGCAAAGAGCUACAAUCUUGAACUAAAACUCGAAAGCAACAAACAACGUUUACUAGAAUACAAGUUUUUAACGAAAAUUGAUGGCAAAGAGUUUUUAAAAUGGCUCAUUCAAAACUGCUAUCACAAGAUGGAUCUGGAACUCUUUUCCGAAUUUGCUAAUGAUUCGAAAACCAAUGUCGUUAUAAAAUUUUCAACGGGGGUUGAAAAGCACUCUGUCACUUUCAAUAAAGAGACUAAAGUAGCGACUCUUAGAAGUAACGUUUCGGAUUUGAAAAGGUUAAAGAUUUAUUUCUGGAACGACAAUACUGUGGACACAGGGGAUCGACCUAAAGUGAUGGCAGCUUUAAAGAAAAUUAUGGCAGCGUUGAAUGCAUGUGGGGACAUAGAAAAAGCACGCAGUUUAUAUAAUCAGCUAAGAAGUAUAUGGGCGACAAACUGAAGAAGAAAAAUUAAACCUCUAAACACGGAAUGCCGAAUUAGCCGGACUGCUUUGAAAUUUCGGCCGAAAUAUUUGUAUAUUUAAAAAUACUGCCUCCGGAAUGAGAAAAGUUGAUUUUUGUGUAUUUUGUGUUUGAAAUUGAAAAAUUUUAGCUAAUUUUUAGCAAAUAAAUCAGUAUGUUUUCUAAUGUUUAA